GAAACCAAGAAGAUUGUGGCUCCUAUCAGCGACUCUCCCAAACCACCGCCACAGCGUGUAACUAUGACUUUUCCAGUGGUGAACUCUGCACGCUGUGUGGCUUUUAUAUCAACAGGAGGAAGCAAAGCACCCGUUUUGAAGGAAGUGUUGGAGGAUGGAGAAGCUUCACCGUUUCCAGCAGCACGAGUUGUCCCAACUAAGGGCGAGCUGUUCUGGCUUGUCGAUGAACCAGCAGCUGCCUCUUUAACUAUCCAGGUAGAGAGGCUAGGCUCAGGAGCCAAGCUGUAGAUCUGCCUGACUAAUAAAUGCAGGAACCUCAAUGAAGAGUCUGGAAAAUAGGGCAGGACAUUCCUCAAUCAGUGAAAUGUUUGU